AUGGAGGCGCCGCUGCUGAAGGUGAUGGGGGCGGCGGACGUGAGCUCCGGUGUGAGCGCGGAGCUGGAGGUGAAGAAGCUGCAGGAGCUGGUGAGGAAGCUCGAGUGGCAGAACGAGCAGCUGAAGAGCCGGGCGGCGGCCGCCAGCCACUCGCUGUACCAGCUGCCGGCCUCUGCCCUGCUCUACCCGCCCCCCAGCCCCGGGUAUUGCUUCCCCAGCCCCGGCUACUGCCCCAGCCUCAGCCCCGACUACUGGGAGCGCAGCAAAGCGCCGCACGGCAGCAGGCAGCCCGGGGACAGCGAGGCGCGGCUGGGCAGUGGGUCGGUCAGGCUGACCCUGGAGGAGGUGGACAUCCUGGACUUGGAGAGCGGAUGGUGUGACGGGGACGAUGAGAGCUGGUUGUACGUUUCACCGAGGCAGCAAGCCACAGCAGAACAGAAGGCUCAGGAUCCCUUGCAGUGGUGCAGACAAGUGUUUGAUCAGCCCAAUGCUGACUUGGAGGCAGCAAAACGAUCAUUAUGCUUCAAGAUUGAUCAAGCCAACCGUUGGAAGAGUCUCUUUUCGAGUCCUUAUGGCUCAGCCUUUCCCAAUAGCCCGAUGGCUGGUAAUAGCCCAUACACCAGUGGGUUUAGUUCCCAGAGCAUCUACAAACCGAUUACUAAACCGUUACUAAAUCCCGAAAGACCAGGUUUUAUAAGAAAUCUUCCACUCAGCCCCCAGUCAUCCUUAGACAGUGAACUGAGCACUUCUGAGCUAGAUGAUGAGUCCAUCUCUAUGGGUUAUAAACUACAAGACCUGACCGAUGUCCAGAUCAUGGCAAGGCUACAAGAGGAAAGUCUAAGACAGGAUUAUGCUUCCACUUCGACAACUGCCUCCCAACGCAGCUCCAGCACCUCAUUGUAUUCAGGAAGGCGAGGGACUGGCAGUGAUCAGGAGUAUGACUGCUACAGUUUAGAAGAUGAGGAGGAAUUUGAUCAUCUUCCUCCCCAGCCUCGGCUCACAAGGUGCUCUCCACCUUUACGAAGUUUACCACAUUCACAGACUUUUGCCAGCAUUAGAGAAUGCAGAAGAGGUCCCACCCCUCCCUCCUACUUACAUUCCAGUGGUUAUCCAACCUAUUACCCAUCAACUCACAUAUCGGAUCAACAGCAGUACAGACCAAAUGCAG